UUGGAAACUUAGGGGAUUGCGCAUGGUUCUUGGUUACUUUUCUGGGCAAAAUGGCGCUCAACUUGCAAGUUAAAAUCCAUCCGGUGGUGCUUUUCCAAAUUGUGGACGCCUAUGAACGGAGAAAUGCAGACUCGCACCGGGUUAUUGGCACGCUCUUGGGAAACGUCGAUAAAGGCAUCGUGGAGGUGAUAAACUGCUUUUGCGUCCCGCAUAAGGAGACCGUCGACCAGGUCGAAGCCGAGCUGAAUUACGCCAUGGAUGUGCAUGACCUAAACCGUCGUGUGAAUUCCAACGAAAGUAUCGUCGGUUGGUGGGCCACAGGCCACGAAGUCACCAACCACAGUUCCGUUAUUCACGAGUAUUAUGCCAGAGAAUGCAACAAUCCAGUCCACGUGACCCUUGAUUCAAGUCUUCAAGGGGGCCGCAUGGGCCUUAAAGCAUACGUGUGUGUAUCUCUAGGAGUCCCCAAUGGGAAACAAGGUUGCAUGUUUACAUCCAUCCCCAUCGAUGUUACGUGUUACGACCCCGAGAUUUUUGGGUUACAACUAUGUCAAAAAACAUUGGGGGCUGGGGGAGGGAGGUCUCGGAACGUUCAUCCCUUGUUGGACUUGGCCCAGGUGUCUGAAGCUGGAUCAAAGAUGGGGAUACUUUUAGAGCAAGUUCUGUCGUAUGUUGAAGAUGUUUUAGCUGGAAAGGUUCAACCGAAUAAUGCAGUAGGGAGGUCACUACUCGACUUGAUCAAUUCCGUGCCGCAUAUGAAUAACGAACAGUUCUCAGAAAUGUUUAACAGUAACGUCAAAGACUUGUUAAUGGUGAUUACGUUGUCUCAGCUCAUUAAAACCCAAUUGCAACUUAACGAGAAGCUUACGCUGCUCACGUCGGUGUAAUAUGACAAAAAUAAACGAAUCAGAAUUUUUCAA